AUCAAUUGGGGAAAUGUUGGCCAACACCUCCGAUACCACUAUCCCCACGUGCCCUGACUACCGCUUUAACCAUCGCCUAUAUAUGGUGGGCUAUAGUCUGGUGCUUGCUGCCGGUCUACCCCUCAAUGCCUUGGCACUAUGGAUUUUCCUCCGAGCCCUACAAGUCCACUCAGUGGUCAGUGUCUACAUGUGUAACCUGGCAGCUAGUGACCUGCUUUUUACCCUUUCUUUGCCCCUACGUCUAUCCUACUAUGCCCUUCACCACUGGCCCUUCCCAGCCCUGCUGUGCCAGACAGCAGGGGCUGCCUUCCAGAUGAAUAUGUAUGGCAGCUGCAUUUUCUUGGCCCUCGUCAAUAUGGACCGCUACAUUGCAAUCGUCCACCCCCUGCGGCUCCGCCACCUACGCCGGCCUAUGGUGGCAAGAUUACUCUGCCUGGGUGUCUGGGCCUUGAUCUUGGUGUGCGCUGUGCCUGCUGUUUGGGUCCAUGCCCCCUCACCCUGCUAUUAUAAGAACAUCACUGUCUACCUGUGUUUUGAGAGCUUCAGUGAGAAAUUGUGGCAGGGCAGGCUGCUGCCCUUGGUACUUCUUGCUGAAGGGCUGGGUUUCAUACUGCCCUUGAUUACCAUGGUCUACUCUUCCAGUCGGGUCUUCUGGACCUUGGCCCGGCCCAGUACCACCAGGAAUGAACGCCGUAGGAAAACAGUGCACCUUCUACUGGCUAACCUGGUCAUUUUCCUCCUGUGCUUUGUGCCUUACAAUACCACCCUGGCUGUUUAUGGACUACUUCGGGGAAAGCUGGUAGAUGCCAGCUCCGAUGUCCAGAACAGGGUACGCCAGGUGUUGGUGGUGUUGGUAGUGUUGGCUAGUACCAACUGCGUCUUAGAUCCCCUUGUCUACUAUUUCAGUGCAGAGGGCUUCCGAAAUACCCUUCGAAGCCUGAGAACUACACGAUGGGUAAAAGUCAGAGCUGCCAACGGGCCUCGAGGACCACAUGGGCAUCGGGAAAGUGGUACAGCCUCCACUAAUCUUGAGGAUGCCUCUCACAGUGAGCUGCUCUCACGUACACCUCUGGAGAAGUCAUUCAGUCAGUCCAUCAAGGAUUCAACCACCUGAGCAGAAACACUGGCUAAACUUCUCCCUUCAGCUCCCUUCUCAUCCCCAUUAUGAGACUGCAAAUGAGCAAGGCAGUGUGGGGAAGAGAUCAGGUACCCAGACUCAGGUUUCAAUCUUAGCCCUUAUUUCCAGGAACAAACAAAGUAUAAGUAUAAAGAAGAAGGAAUGCUAUGGAACCAUCUUUCUGGAAGAAGAGGAGAAAUCCUUCCCUCCUUCCUCUGCCCAAAGAUAGAGAAACCUGGAUGCCCAAGUUCUAAAUUUAGCCCACCUGAAAUUACCCAGUUGAACAACCUGCUGAAAAGUCUCCUCACUAGAAUUUUUUCUGCAAGUGGUGCUUCUUCAUGCCACUGGGCCUUGGACCCCUUUAUUUUGUUUUGGAGGGCUGGGGUGGUAGGGAGGGAUGGGGUGGUCAUAAGGACUAAUAAAAUUGGAGGUAGGCUCUACAGAGUCAAUUUCCUUCUUGUUGUGUGGCCUAGAAUAAUCUAUCUCUAAGCUCUGAGGUGGGGCAAUGAGACAAGGUCAGGCUUGGUUUGUGGCAAAAUUGUGAGGCAGAGAAAUUGUCGUCAGAGUUCCUGAUCUCCUUUCACCCACACCCAACACAGAUACCCUGGGCCUUCAUCUACCACGUUUCUUCUGCCUUUGAGAACAAAAGUGACCUAAUCAAUUCUUUCGCCUUACCUAAGUGAGAGCUAUUCAAUGACCACGAUCCCCCAACCCCAAACUCGAGGUACUGCAUUAUUUAAAGAUUAAAAAUAGGAUUACAGGGAGAGGGCAAUGCUUAACACAAAGGAAUGUGGCAAUAACAGUAGAAUCUCCUGCAUCAUUGGGGAGAUAUUUGGAGGUGGGGAGGCAAAGCCAGGAGCAGUAGGGUGGAGCUUGUUGGCUGCCCCAGCUUAUAGAGAAAGGAGAACCACAGGAGAAAUGAAAGGGAGAAAUGCCCAAUGUCAGAAAUCUAUCCUGGGGA